AUUUUAACCACCGAGUCGUCCAAUCUUCACCAAAUCUCUCCAGCCUUAUCCCAACCCCAGCACGGACACUAUGCGAUAAAGAAGCAGCUCACGUAUCCUUCCUUCCUUCCAUUUCUCCUUGGCCACAGCCAUGGCUGCACGCUGCUCUAUUUCCUCCUUCCCUUCUCUCUCAUCUCCCAAAACCCUAAGACCCAAACCUCUCUGUCACACUUUUUCUCUCUGUACCCUCCCAAAAUUCCAAGUAAAAAAUUCAAAAAAACCCAUGAUUUCCAUGUCCUUUGAAGCUGGAAUUGGGGUUAUGGGAACCAAGCUCGGAAUGAUGACCUAUUUUGAACCAGGUGGCAAGGUUGUGCCCGUAACCGUGGUUGGGUUUAGAGAGGGAAACAUUGUGACCCAGGUAAAGACGCAGGCGACGGACGGUUACGAUGCAGUCCAGGUUGGUUAUCGGAGGGUCAGGGAUCGAAAGCUAACUAAACCAGAGUUGGGUCAUUUGAACAAGAUAGGGGCAAUACCUAUGAGGCAUUUGCAGGAGUUUAGGUUGACAUCGCUUGAGGGGUUUGAGCCUAGCCAGAAGUUAAAUGUGGAAGAGUUAUUCAAUGAGGGCGAUUUGGUCGAUGUUUCGGGGAACUCAAUUGGGAAGGGGUUCCAAGGUGGAAUCAAGAGGCAUAAUUUCAAGCGUGGUCCAAUGACUCAUGGGUCCAAAAGCCACAGGGCUUUGGGUUCCAUUGGUGCAGGUACCACACCUGGUCGGGUGUACAAAGGCAAGAAAAUGCCUGGUAGAAUGGGAGGCACCAAAACGAAGAUCAGGAAGCUAAAGAUUGUUAAGAUAGAUACUGAGCUACGCGUUGUCAUGAUCAAUGGUGCAGUUCCUGGAAAACCAGGAAAUCUUCUUCGUAUUACACCGGCAAAAAUUGUAGGGAAGAACAUCCCCAAAAAUUAGGUUAGGUCUUGUCUUCUCCCUAUCUCUUUCCUGCUACAUUCCUUUUGUUGUACUUACUUUUGGUAGACUAGUGGUGGAAUUUGAAGGUUUGAAUAUUGAACUGCAAUGCUGAAUGCCCUAAGUGUGGGUGCAAGAAUCCAAACCCCUCCCUUUUGUUUUACUUGGUUUCUCCAAUUUAAAUGUAUUAAUUCGUUUUUUGGUCAUGUUAAAUAUAAAAAAGAGUGUCAGGCUCAUGCUUACAA